UCCGCGGUGCGCCGACUGUGAACAGUACUGCCAUCCCGUAUGCAGUGCGAUGCCGUAAUAGGCCUAUACGCGUCUUCAAUUUUGUACUGCCGCUUUUGUGGAAUUUAUAACUAAAAAUUCUACAUUUUAACGGUCGCUGGGGAAAGGACUGGGGCAAUAAUAUGGCAAUAAUAACGAGGUGUUGCUGCUUUGACAACGUUCGCACCGGCUCCUAUGCGAGUGGAGUUUACACGUUGGUCUAUGCUCUGGUGGGCUUUGUGUACUUUGCCGUCCUCAUUGUUCAAACCGCAAACGCAAACGAUGCUUCGACUUAUUUCGUGACGUCCAUAAUUGGUAUGAUCUUUUGGGGACUGGCCUUCAUUACGUCCAUAUUCAUGAUGAUCGGUGUGUAUCAAGAUCUGAAGGGGAUGCUGAUACCGUUCGUCAUUGUCAAGACGCUGAUUAUUCUGCUACAGUGCGCAAUGCUGAUCAUAUACAUCGUUGAGCUUGUGAGAUUCUUCUAUUGGCUCACUCUCUUGUUUGUACUGGUGGUGAUGGCAAUCAUCGCUGUGAAUAUAAUGUGUUUGCUGUGUGUGGUCUCUCAGUACCAGGAGCUCAAAGCUGGUCGGGGAAUGAGCAUCUGAAAUGUCAUCAGGAGGUGGAAAAGAAGUUGCAUGCUUACUUCUUCCUCUGAUAAGUUUACCUUAGGUAGGCCUAUACCUCUAAUAUAGAAUAACCCCCUACUGCCUGUUUUCUUCUUGUCAGUGUCGAAUGACGCCAUAGUUUCUUGUAUAAUAGUACCCAUAAUUCAAGUGAGUAGACCCUUCUUUUUUGGAUUGUUGGUGAGAGCUAGAUAGAUGAGCAUUUUUUUCUUGAAUAAUCUGUAAUCACAAUGACUGAAAUGCUGAAAUCUUUAGCCAUGUGGAAGGCCUGAAAGUGUCUACAGUGUAAUGUGCUUAAUUUAAAGGAGGUAAUCAGAAAUUAAUGAUGACUUUAUUUCGUAUACUUUUAUUCGAGAGCAUACAUUUAGAUCGCGUGCCGAUGUGAUCCAAGACUAUAACAGGUGAAUGUCGUGAUUGACGUGGUGAUUUUUCAAAGCACGCUUACUCAAGUUUGGAAUUGAAGUUUUCGUGAUCUCUUGCUCACUCGAAAAGUGUACUUUAAUUCAGUAUCUGCAAGAUUAAUGCGUAUAUUAAUUUAAGAACGAUGGAACAAAAUAUUAGUUUGUACAAGUUACCAUGAUGCCCGGGCCCAUGGAUGUUUGUUCGCACACACUCGAACCCUAUUUUUUAAACGACAAAACCAACACACAUUGUAACAAAAAUAGGUAGGCCUAAGCUAAUUUAUUUUCACACAAUUAAGAUCCAAUGGGUUGGUGCAAUUAUAUUCGCAAUAAAUGUUUUCAUAUUUUAUUUUAUGCACUACGAGCUGAAAUGCUCAUUCUUACACAAAUUUAAGUAAAUGCACUCAAACUAAUUUUAAACACCUAUGAAAGACCAGAACUUUGACACAAAUGACUGACCACAGGCUGAGGGCUAAUAACUGUGAGAAAAUUCUACAAUCAGAAAUACGCUGACUUCUUUUUCUCCAGUUUCCAAAAAACGUAAAAAGAAAAUAUCAAGACAGUGUGGUUUCUGUGUGCCUAUUGAGUAUUAAAAUAUUGAGAAUGAUUUCA